AUGGCUCCUAAGAAAAUUCACAGUGAAUGUGCUAUGUGUGCUUUUAACGUAGACGAAACUGGAUUGUAUUGGAAAAAAUUGCCCGACCGUUCAUUCAUUUUCAAGGAGGAGAAAACUAUUCCAGGCUACAAGAUCACGAAAGAACGUGUGACCAUUAUAUUGGGAGAUUGGUUCUUCAAUCGUUUUAUCCCAGCAGCAGAGAAGUACUGUAAAGAGAAGGAAAUUCCUUUUAAGGUUUUACUUAUCUCAGAUAAUGCUCCUGGCCACCCUCAAAACAUCAUAGAUUUUGACCUCAACGUUACCGUCGUAUACCUCCCUCCGAACACCAUGUCUCUUCUGCAACCAAUGGAUCAGGGAAUAAUUGUUGUCUUUAAGCGUUACUAUAUGAAGCGUACGCUGCGGCAAGCAAUAACUGCGACUGAUCUUGAUGAGUCCAUUACACUUCGUGACUUUUGGAAGAUAUACGAUAUCUAUAAGGUUGUACAGGACAUAGCAGCGGCAGGGAAUGAUGUACAGAGCACGGCUAUGAACGGUGUAUGGAAGAAGCUUUGCCUGCAAUUCGCGAAUACUUUUAAGUGGUUUGAUAAUGUUACCAUCAACAAAACGCAGGGUCAUGCGGGUAAAGUCCUCAGGCAUCUCUACAGUGACCUAUCAGAAACAACAGUCAUAAGACUUUCCGGCUGGAUUUCCAAGUGUGACCAAGACUACGGAUAUUACUCAAUCAUGAUGUCGUUCUUGAUCUGCUCUUAG